UGAACAAAAAUAUAACAAGUUAAGGAUCAUGAAACCAAUUUGUAGGACCUAAGUUAAUCAUCUUAUUUAAGAAAACGUUAGUUUCUGACAUAUUAGCAGAGUAUCAAAGUUUGCCUUGUGUUUGUGAUCAGCUCAAGUAUGACCGGUGAAGAGUUAAUUAAUCCUAAACUAAUAUUGAACCCAUCUUCACCGAACUCCUAUAUCAUAACAAUGCCAAUGUUAUAUAAUUAUUGAUACCUUCAUUAAUUUAUCGAUCCCAAUCAAGUCGACCUAGAAAAAAGUUGAUCAGGUUGUGCAUUUUUGUUAUGCAGCAUUUGAUAGAGGUGAAAAGGAGAAAGGAAAAAGAAAAAAGAUGCACAUAAGUUUCAUCCCAGGACAAUUACAAGACCUAUGGGAUCUAUGGGGCUUAGAAAUACUAAUGCUAUUGAGUUUCAGCAUCCAAGUCAUCCUCACAGUGUACGGCAGCCGUCGAAAGGACAUCCCAGGUAUUUGGAUAAGGCUGACAAUUUGGUUGACCUAUUUGCUGUCAGCUUCACUUGCAAAAAUCAUCAUAGGAAAACUGACUGUAAUACCUGAAAGUGAUCCAAAUGAGCGCAACAUCAGACGCGAAUUGAAGGCAUUGUUUGCACCGUUACUUCUUAUUCAAAUUGGAAAUCCAGAUGCCAUAACUGCAUACUCAAUUGAAGACAAUAGAUUGGGAUUGAGGCAACUUCUUACCCUUGUUUUACAAGUAGCUGUUGUGAUUUGGAUCAUUGUAAAGAGCUGGACACAUUCACAACUCUCUUAUCUUUACCUUCCGUUACUUGUCUCUGGACUAAUUAAGUAUGGAGAAGUUGUGUGGGCCCUCAAGUCAGCUCUAAGUAAAACAUCUGGAAUAAUAACUGUUGCAGAGAUUGAUGAUCAAGAAGCAAACAUGCCUGCUUUGUUCAGAUUCCUUCCAGAUGAUAUUCCAAACAUAGAAUUGAUCUUGAAGGCGUAUUACCGAUUUAUCUCAUUGAAGCCUCACCGCGAAAACUGGCUAUAUCAGCCUUUAUAUGAAUCUCUACCAUGGAUGUCUGUUGAUGAGUAUCCACCAGAGGAUAUCUUCCACAUCACUGAUGCAGAACUCGGUUUCAUGUAUGAUGUGCUAUACACUAAAGCACCUAUAAUCUACACCAAAGCAGGAUGUAUUCUUCGUGUUGUAAGUUUCUCCCAUUUAGUUAUGACUUUGUGUGGAUUUUCAAUCUUAUUCAGACACGACUUUUCGCGCCAUAUGAAAGCUUGUUUCAUAGUUGGGUUGUUAGGAGGAGCUGUUCUUUUGGAGGCAUACCAGAUCACGCAAUUACCUUUCUCCGAUUGGGCGAUAGUUCAAAUGAUCAAGCACCAACAACAUCUUCCAUUUAUGAUUCCAUGCCUAAGGAUUCUUGGACCUAGAGCAACUGAUUGGAAAAGGUGGUCAAAUACUUUGUCACAGUUUAACUUGAUGACCUUUUGCAUCCAUCAUUACAUGAAGCCAUUGAUGUGUGGCCGAAUUCUCAAGUUCCGUGGGAUUGACAUGAUGUUGAAGAAGAAUAAGAGUAGGUGGCGUGUACAAUUUCCACAUGAAUUGAAAGUUCUCAUGGUUCAAGAAAUGAAAGAUAUUGAUAGAGACAGAGGAUUGAAGCCUUUCAACCACAGAGGGGAUUGGUCACUUGGAAGAUAUGAUUGUGUCAAUGAUUUCAAAUGGAGUGUUAAAAGAGAUUUUGACAAGAGCAUUACUAUAUGGCACAUUGCAACUGAUAUAUGUUAUUAUUGCUAUUCUGAUUCAGAAAUUGCAAACCCCAAAAUCCAAAUGGCCAAAUCAUUAUCAGAUUAUAUGAUGUACCUUUUAGCAUUGCGUCCUCAUAUGCUUUCAAUGACAACUACCAAUAUAAUCUUUCAACACGCCUGUGACAAACUCAAGGCCUUAUUGCUACAACAAGAACAAUCUGUGGAAGAUGAAAAAGAAGCAUGUAGAAUUUUGAAAAUGGAAAGAGUUCCACAGUACUCCAAUUCCGAGAGGAGAUUAGAAACUGUUGUCACAUCAAAAUGGCAUGUACUGAAGGAUGCUCAGAGACUUGCUAGGAAUUUGAUGGUAAGGAAAAACAAAUGGGACAUCAUAUGUAGUGUGUGGGUGGAGAUGUUGUGUUAUGCUGCAGCUAAUUGCAAUGUAGAUUACCAUUCUGAACAAAUUAGGAGAGGUGGAGGUUUGAUUACUCAUGUUUGGAUUCUGUUAGCCCACAAGACAGAUAAGUAUCACAUCAGUGACUAACUUCAUCUAUGAUGUACCAGUACAUCAUUAAUUACUUAAGUUGUAUGUCUCCAAUGCAAUGGAAGACAAUAAUUGAUUUCUAUGGAUUCAUUUUGUUAAUUAAUUUGUUGAUAGCCAAACAUUACC